AUACAAUCAUGUUCAUAUCCAACCGAUCAUGUCCGUCUAACGGCCAGCCGGAGAAAUCGUCGGAGAGACAACUCAAGAUUGAAGUGACUUGGAAAUUUUCAUCAUCUUCAUAUUCAUACCCGUGAGAUUAUAUACGCGGGGAAGGCUUACUUAUCAGGAAAUUGGUGGUUGGAUUGUAGUCAGUGUUUGAUUCUGGGAGAACUUCAAUCACGGCUCUUCUCGGAUCCAUCCCCAACAACCCGACCUUCAGAAUUCAUCCCCGCCGCUUAGAGUUUCUAGGAAAUUUCUCUCUGGUGGACGACAAGCACAAGAUCCCUUCUCCCCACGGCGGCAGGGGUGCCUUACCCUCCGAAGGCGGCUGCCCCUCCGAUCUCCUGUCCCUUGCGGCCGGAACUUUCCAACCGUUCCUCUUUCUAUCAUUUUCUCCGAUUACUUUUUAUUUAUCUUUCCCUCAUCGUUAGUUAUUUCGACUUUUGAACCCGCAUUUCUGGAUACGCAGCAACAAUCAGAUUAGAUACAUAUUGAUCCGAGAUUUACAAGAAUGUUGACCAUUAAGAGGGUUCCCACAGUCGUUUCCAACUACCAGGACGAUGUUCCUGAGAAUUCCACCUUGAAAUCUCAGGCUUGUGGCCGCAAUUGUCUCGGCCAGUGCUGUUUGCCUGUUUCUUGUCUUCCACUAUUUGCAUUCAAGAAUGAUGAGCAGAAGUGCCUUGGUGCUGCACACCGCUCAAGUUAUGAAGAGUCUGCAAUUUCCUUUCUAAGGGAUUUGCUGCUUGGGCAGUGGGAAGAGAGAAUGAGCCAGGGAUUAUUCCGAUAUGAUGUGACCGUUUGCGAGACAAAAAUCAUUCCCGGCAUGUUUGGGUUUAUUGCACAGCUCAACGAGGGACGCCAUCUAAAGAAACGCCCUACACAGUUUCGAGUUGAUCAGGUUCUUCAGCCGUUUGAUGAUAAUAAAUUCAACUUUACAAAAAUUGGUCAGGAAGAAGUUCUUUUUCGGUUUGAACCAAACAAUGACCGCAAAUCGUGUUACUUGCACAGUGCAGUAGUUGAUGUUCAUUCUGGCUCGCCUACUGUUGUGGCUAUCAAUGUGAGUCCUAUCGAGUAUGGACAUGUUCUUUUGAUUCCCCGGAUUCUUGAUUUCUUGCCUCAAAGGAUUGACCUUGAGAGCUUUUUUCUUGCAAUGCACUUGGCUAAGGAAGCAGGCGAUCCUUUUUUCAGGGUUGGUUAUAAUAGUUUGGGUGCCUUUGCUACCAUUAAUCACCUCCACUUUCAGGCGUAUUACUUGCAAGUUCCUUUUCCCGUUGAGAAAGCCCCAACUCGCAAUAUAAUGAAGAGGGUCAAGGGUGGUUCUGAAGUCGUAGUUUCUCAGCUAUUAAAUUAUCCUGUGCAAGCUCUCGUGUUUGAGGGUGGGAGUACAAUGCGUGAUUUAUCUGAUGCUGUUGCUAAGUCUUGCAUUUUCCUUCAAAACAAUAAUAUUCCUUUCAACGUUCUAAUUUCUGAAUGCGGGAAGAAAGUCUUUCUGUUUCCUCAGUGUUAUGCAGAGAAACAAGCACGGGGAGAAGUAGACAAGGAAAUCCUGGAGACUAUGGUGAAUCCUGCAAUUUGGGAAAUCAGUGGACAUAUGGUUUUAAAGAGGAGAGAGGAUUAUGAUGAUGCGUCCGAGGACUAUGCAUUUAAGCUGCUUUCUGAGGUUUCUUUGUCCGAGGACAGGUUUGAAGAAGUGAAGGCUUUUGUUUCUCAGGCUGCUGGCAUGCAUCUAGACUCCGACAUUAACUGUACUUAUGAGACUCAUGGGCCCCAAGUGAGCCGUCAUUUACCUAAAGACUGCCUGGUGCUGCUCUGAAGUCAACGUAAGCGUUCUGCAGGUUCGCUCGUGUUUGGGCCCACCUGACUAAUAAGUUUGUGAAGAAUAAGCGGAUGACUCGGCCUGGCUAAACUCAUCUCGUGUUUGUUUCUUUAAUGAAUGUAAAAUCUUAAACAGUUAUAAAUCCUUAACAAACAAUCCCUUACAGAGCUAGACUCGGUUCGCCCUUGUUUGGUGGCCUCUCUAGUUAUAAAGGUCCAUUGUCCGAUACUCCGAUUAUAGUAGAACUUUGAAUAAGAUUGAGUCGUGUUAGGUGAAUGGCAGAUUUGCUUAUGUAAAGCCAAGGCUCAUAAUGUUUUGCACUUUCUCUGCUUUAGCUGAGAAAAAUCUGAAGUCUUCACCGAGUAUGCAAGGAAAUUUCACGCUCCCACUCAUUUCAAG